AUGAUAUUACUGAUGCAGGAUUCCAGGUCUGAGAUCAUUAAGAAAAUGAAGGUCUUUAACGACUCCAUCCACGGUCACAUCGAGCUUCAUCCUCUGCUGGUGCGCAUCAUCGACACCCCUCAGUUCCAGAGACUGCGGCACAUUAAACAGCUCGGAGGAGCGUACCUGGUGUUUCCUGGAGCUGCUCACAACCGCUUCGAACACUCCAUAGGUGUCAGUUAUUUAGCCGGCUGUCUGAUCCAGGCUCUAAAAGAGAGACAACCUGAGCUGCCCAUCACCAACGAGGAUAUUCUGUGUGUACAAAUCGCCGGGCUGUGCCACGACCUAGGUCAUGGUCCAUUCUCUCACUUGUUUGACAAAACGUUUAUCCCGAUGGUACAACCUAAAGAGGAAGGUAAAAAAUGGAAGCACGAGAACGCCUCUGUGGAGAUGUUCGAUCAUCUGGUGAAGGCCAAUAAUCUGGAGCAUGUUAUGAUGGAGUACGGCCUCUCUCUCCCCGACGACCUCGUCUUCAUUAAAGAGCAGAUCGCCGGGCCCCUCGACCCCAAAACCUCAGAUGAUAAGGCUCAGAGUUGGUCAUAUAAGGGCAGAUCAAAGGAUAAAUCCUUCCUGUACGAGAUCGUAGCCAAUAAGAGAACCGGGAUCGACGUGGAUAAGUGGGAUUACUUCGUCAGAGAUGGCCACCACCUCGGAAUCCAGAGCAACUUCGACCACCGGCGCUUCCUCAAGUUUGCUCGAGUGUGUGAGGUGAAUGGCGAGAAGCACAUCUGCACCCGAGACAAGGAAAUGGGUGAUUUAUACGACAUGUUUUACACACGGAACUGCCUGCACCGCCGAGCUUACCAGCACAAAGUGGUCUGCAUCAUCGAGCACAUGAUUAGCGAAGCACUGGAGAAAGCCAAUCCUCACGUAAAAAUCGAGGGUUCAUCAGGGAAGAUGUUCAGGAUCUCAGAAGCUAUUAAUGACAUGGAGGCGUACACCAAACUCACAGAUCACAUUUACGAGCAGAUCCUGUACUCGUCUGAGGAGGAGCUGUCCGAGUCCCGAUCCAUCCUCAACAACAUCAUCUGCAGACGCCUGUACAAGUGUGUGGGACAGACCACGCCCAAACAUCCAAACCUCCAAGUGAAUCCGACAAGGUUGGAUACGUGGAGAAAAGAAUUAUCUAAGAGCAGCCCCGAGGACAGAGAGGUCAACCUGCAACCUGAAGACUUUGUAAUUCAAGUGAUUCAGUUGGAUUACGGUAUGAAGGAGGAAAACCCCCUCAAAGACGCCUACUUCUACUGCAAGAACGAUCCCACCAAAGCCAUCAAAAUCCGCAAGGACCAAGAAUCAAAGUUGCUGCCAAAGACAUUUUUAGAGAAGCUGAUCCGAGUUUACUGCAAGAAAACAGAUGAGAAAAGUCUGGAAGUUGCAAAGAAAUGUGUUGUACAGUGGUGCAGUGACAAAAAAUUCUCCGCACCUCUGGAUAAUGAGUGGCAAGCUGAUAAUGAAGUUCUUGAAGAAGGAAACCCGAGAGAUGAUCAGAGCUAA